AUGACGAGCACCAUUUUUGAUGCCGAGAAACGAAGAAUUGAACGCAAAGCACACAGGGAGUUUCUGGACUCGAGGAACCAGUUUGCUCUUAUCGCGAACAAUACACCGUCAGGAAUCUGGAUGAUGGACCAUAUGGGCCGAACUACAUAUAUGAACCACGCUGCGGAAUCGAUCACAGGUUUCAAAUUUCAGGAAAUUGCAGGAUGGACUUUCCAUGCAGCGGUACACAGCUGUAGGCCAGAUGGUAGCCCGUACCCGGUAGCAGAGUGUCCUAUUUUCCGCCAUCAGCAGAGCGAAACGGAGGCCAUCAACGAGUCGGAAGUGUUUGUGCACAAGAAUGGAAGCUUCUACGACAUUGUGUACAGCGUCUCACCGAUAGGUGAUUAUGCAAGUGGUGGCGCCGUCAUCGAGUUCCGAGACGUGACUGCACAGAAGAAGCUGGAGCAGGAACGAUUAGCAGCGAUUGUUCAGAAUGAGCAACAAUCAGUGCUAAUCAAGGCAUCAGAGGAGCACAAAGCCAACAUGUCCUCAUUUGUGUCUUUUGUAUGCCAUGAAUUGCGAAACCCGCUCCAAGGCAUCUCGAGUGCGACGGAGUUUCUAUCUGAGACACUAGAGAAAUUGGACACCCUGACCAACAGCGUCGAUCCCAAAAACUCGACAGUCAAUGCCAAAGCGAAUGGACUCACGAAUGGCGGCACCGAUUCGCAAUCGAGAAGCGCAUCAAAUCCGACAGACGAAUCGACCGUCGAAACAAUGCGUGGUCUGGUUAGAUAUGCUCGGGAGCUUGUCAACAAUGUCGCUGUUUGCGCCUCGCACCAGGCCCUCAUCACAAACAACGUUCUGGAUCUGAGCAGACUCGACGCUGGCAAGGUGGAGCCAUCAUACGACAUCGUGGAUCUUCGUGCGCUAUCAAAUGAAGCUGUGGGUAUGAUGGUCUCGAGAGCACGCGUAAAGUCCAUAGAUCUGCGACUGGCGAACAACCAUGCUCCACCUCUAUAUCUGAAGGCAGAUUCAACACUCAUGUCGCAAAUCAUGUUGAAUCUGAUAGGCAAUGCUGUCAAGUUUACCCCCGAGAACGGCAAUAUCGUGGUCGACAUAUCCUCAGACUCUCCAGAUCGAGAUGGUCGAGUCGUCUUCCACGGCUCGGUGACCGACGAUGGUGUAGGAAUGACCGAAGCCGAGCAAGAAAGAUUGUUCAAACGAUUCUCUCAAGCCAACAAACGAGUUGCUCAGACUUACAAGGGCUCAGGGCUUGGCCUCAGCAUUAGCAAAGAGCUCGUCAAGGUGCUAGGUGGUGAUAUGGCUGUGAAGAGUACUGCAGGAGUUGGAAGCACUUUCAGCUUCACUACCGCACACGACUACCCGACCGCGGAUGAACUGAACUCGUUCUUGCAAUCAGGCAACGGGGUCACCGCGGUUGCUACAGAUUUGGAAAAGUUCGAGAUCACCAACUCUGUACUGACGGUACCGAUCCCUAGAUUCAAAAAGAUUUGCGUGGCGGAAGAUAACCCGAUCAAUCUUCGUCAUCUGUCAAAGACUUUGGAAGCCUUGGGCUAUGAUUAUGUCCUCUGCAACAAUGGCAAAGAAGCACUGGAAAUCUUUACGCGACCAGGAUCGGAUAUUGAUGCCGUAAUUAUCGACAUGCACAUGCCCGUAAUGGACGGCCUCGAGGCCACUCAUCUUAUGCGCCAACACGAAGAAUCACACUCGAAUAGCGAUCCCCACCGCACGCGUAUACCGAUCAUCGCUCUAUCAGGCAAUGCCAUGAAAGAGCAGGUCGAAGAAGCCAUGGCGGCAGGCACGAGCGACUACAUGAUCAAGCCUUGCAAAAGAGCUCAGCUAAAACUCAUGCUCGAGCAUUGGGAGCGAAUCAUGCAUGAUGGGUCUGCUCACACACCGCUGGUUGUCAAGUGA